ACACGGUUGUCACGGCAACAGAACAACAGGGGGACAGAGUAUCAAUAAUCACACUUCUUUCUGUGAAUAUUGAGUCGAAACAAAAAGCCAUGGCUAGUGAAGAGACGGAAAAAGAAGGAGAUGAGGCCAUACUGCAAGAAUUGUGCACUGUGAAUGGUUUGAAUUACGACAAGCUCCCCCAGGGUGUUGGCUUGAAAGUAAAGUGCCUCGAGAUUUUCUUUUUCGGCUGCCCCCGUAUAGUGGGUCUCUCCCAUUUUCCCUCCCUCUCCAUUCUGAGAAUCAUCAAUCAAAGAAUAUUCAGCAUGAAUGGAGUUGGAUCUUGCCCCUCUCUCAAGGAAUUGUGGAUCUGCGAAGGAGACAUUGAGGUAAUUGAGGAUCUGACUAAUUGCCCGCAGUUGGUGAAGGUUUAUUUCUAUUCUAAUAAGAUAAAGGCAAUAACCGGCAUUUCACAUCUUUCUAAACUUGAGACGCUGUGGCUCAAUAAUAACAAAAUUAAUAAAAUCGAAAAUAUUGAUACUUUAACUGAGCUACUAGACCUCAAUUUAGCUAGUAAUUAUAUAUCAACGCUUGACAACGGAUCACUGUCUUCCUUUCACAGACUACGAAAGCUUAAUCUUUCCGGCAACCCUCUUACAUCACUUGAGGAGCUCUCUCAGCUCUAUUGUUUAACGUCACUCCAAUCUCUCUCACUUUGUGACCCGCUCUACUCUCCCUCCUCAAUCUGUCGACUCUGCAAUUACUCUACACUCAUCCUUUAUCACAUGCCCUGGCUGAAGUGGCUGGACAGUAGAGAUGUGGACUCCACUGAACUCAGAGAUUUAAUAAAAGGGCUAGUGAAUAAGAAGAAACAGUUUUAUCGUUUAAAGAUACACAACCAGAGACAGACCUCGUGGCAAGAGAACAUCAAACUAGACAAGAAGUAUGCCGCCCAUCGCGUGGAAACUGGACUAAGAAUGAGAGUGCUCUUCGAACACAUUAAAUCAUUAGAGCAGCACUCUAAUCUUAACGAUGACACCUGCAAAGCAAAGAAGAUAGGCGCCAUUAAAGAGAGAAUAGAACAACUAGACUCAUCUCUCUCUACACUAAAGGCUGAGAUGGACACUGAGAGAGAUAGGGUGAGGGAUAAGCAAGAUAAGACGAUAGGGCAAUGGAUGCUCGAGCUACAGAGUGCUGGUAACGUGAGAUAUAUUCAAGGGACUGAUGAGUUCAGUUGGUACAGACCUUGCGUCGAGCUAGUAAUGUCACGAUUCAUUGCAACUUGUGCUUCUGGUAUUACUCAUUUAAAUAUAAAGUCAGUAUUACGAAUAGAAAACUCGCUACUCCAUAACCAGUUCAUGGACACUCUUCGCUCUCUCUUAGAAGCUAAAUCUCUCAGUCCCAAAACUGCAUUUCGUGAUCUCUUGGACUACCUCUUCAUCGUAUGGUCGCCAGGGACGGACCUGGUUGCCAUGGGCAACAGUGGGUGUGGUCCCAUCACUCUGGAUAGACCUUAUGUGGUACUGACUAAUAGCGUCGGGAUUGCUGAGUCGGCAAGAUUUAUCGACAGUGGGCGUGGUCAAAAUGGAGGAGUGUUGGAAGGCGAACUCCUCCUUUGUAAAGUGUACAUUGGGAAUAUGGCGGAACUGGUUGGGAAAGAAAUGCCAGUAAAGCAAGAAGACACUCAUUGCUUAUACAGGAACAUCUCAAUGUCUUCCGUGUCUGUCAAGUCCUUACCACUGAGAGAGUACUACGUCUAUGACUCUAGACUAAUAUUACCAGAAUAUCUUGUGACUGUGACUUAUGAUAGAGGGAGAGAGGAGGGAGGGAGGAGAGAGGGAGAGAGUGAGGGGAGAGAGAGAGAGGAGGAGGAGGACAGGAGUAGUAAGAAGAAUGAUGACAGUGAUUUGAUUAAUUCUUUUCCUCAGCCUGAAGGAAGACCAAAGCUGGUAAUGUUGGAUGAGAAUAUGUUGCUAAAAGUAACAGAAUCAAAAUCACUCGAAUUUGUAAAGACGUUAGAUUUGUCUUGCAAUCGGUUAACUCGGUUUCGUUUUUCUUCUCUCCUUCCUCAUCUAUCCUGUCUCUCCAUCUCGUGCAAUGAAAUAUCAACUGCUGAGGACUUUGCCCACAUGCCCAACCUUCAUGUAUUGGACCUGAGUUUCAAUCGCUUGGCAACAUUAGAUGGCCUAAAGGGUCUACCAAGGCUUCAUGUACUCGAUGUCAGUUGGAACUCUUUAUCAUUUCCUUAUCAAGACAUCCUCCUCUUAAAGAGGCACGCCCCAUCACUCCUCUCACUCGACCUUCGUCACAAUUUGUGGAAGCAAAAUAAAAAUUCUCAGAUAUACAUUAUUGGUACAUUACGCACCCUCCAGACUCUUAACGGCGAGACUAUCACCGAUCAAGAGAAGGCGUCCGUCCUUAAACAGUUUGUCUCAUCCCAUGUCUCCCUCUCCUCUCUCCUUCCUCACUGUCAGACCGACAUUGAUAUAUCUCCAUCACUAAUGCUUUGUACAAUAGCAGAACAAAUCAUAUCUAAGAGCAAACUUUGUCCUGAGCAAAGCACGCCAGAAUGGGCCAAUCAGAUCACAGCCCUUGAUCUUACUGAUAUGCACGUGCAUCAAAUUUCAUGUCUUGAUCAACUCGUUAAUCUCAAGUGGGCGUGUUUCCGAGGCAACGCACUGACUGAUAUACAGGGUAUUGAAUCUUGUCAUAAGCUAGAAGAGCUGACACUGGAUGAUAAUUAUCUUCAAAACUGUUUGUCUCUUCACUGGUUCCCUCACCUGAGGUGGCUCUCUCUGGAGAAUAAUCACUUGACCUCUCUACCUCUCUCCUCCUCUCCUCUCCCUCAGCUAACUUACGUUAAUAUCAGUAGAAACUACAUCAGAGACAUCACUGGCAUUGAAACACUAACUUCACUUCAAGAGUUUUAUGCUAGUCAUAAUUACUUGGAAAAUCUUAGACAAUUAUUUUCAUUAAAGCCUUUGGUUCAUUUGGUGGCAAUAGAUUUGACUUGCAAUCCUCUGGCUAGUCACUCAGCUCAUUAUCGGUUGUUUUGCAUUUAUCACUUCCCAACUAUAAAAGCAAUUGAUGCAAGAGCAGUGACUAAUACAGAGAUUGGGCUUGCGAAGGAGAAACUUGGUGGAAGACUCUCCCAAGACUUGGUUUAUGAGAAGUGUCACAGUAAUGACUUCAAUGCAAUAAAGAAAUUGGACUUUGUUCAAUGUGGCCUAAAGCAUGUAGACCUCUCUCCAGUUAGUAGUCUUGACAAUCUAGUUAGUUUGAAUCUUGAGCACAAUUCCCUGACGAGUUUCUCUGGCCUGAUACAUCUCAGCAAAUUAAAGGUUCUUUGUCUCAAUCACAAUCGAGUAGAGUACCUUAUCAGACCUACUGGCAGUGGACCCUCUUCAACAUCAUCAGGAGGAGGAGGAGGAGGUGAUCCUGUAAUGCAAAACCUACAAGUCCUUCACUUAGCAUACAACGGAAUCAACUCAUUAGUACCUUUGCAAUUGUACAGACUCCCUGGACUAAGAGCUCUCUUUCUACAAGGAAAUGAGAUCAGUCGUAUUGAAGGAUUGGAUGGACUACAUCAUUUAACUGAGCUAGUCCUUGAUCGAAAUAAAAUAAAAUGCAUGCAAGAAAACUCACUGCAACAUUUGGUGACUCUCAAAGAGUUCCACCUUGAAGAGAACAGAUUGUCUGAUCUCUCACAUUUUGAAUCUGUGAAGAAUUUAGAGAGACUUUACCUAGGGAUGAAUAGGAUACAAGAUUAUAGUGAACUGGAGAAGUUAGGCUGUCUUUCUUAUUUAAUAGAAUUAUCAAUUAUUAGCAAUCCUAUCUCCAGAAGAAUGCAGCACAGGUCAUUACUGAUAUACAAACUGCCUUCUUUACAAUCACUAGAUGGUGUUAUGGUAACAUCUGAUGAGAGACAAACUGCAGAAGCAACUUUCAGUGACAGAUGCCAACAUCAAGAUGAAGAUCAAGCAGAUACUGCAUUAUUACCAUCACUAACUAAUGCAGGACAAGUAAAGGUUAUGAAUGUACCAUUGUACAUGUCAACUCACACUAGCAGACAGUCACAGGCUAUGGAGGCACGAGCACUUCACCUGCAAACAUUACAAGCCUUUCAGGAUAGAAGGAAAGGAAGGAGAUAGUACUUAUUUUAUAAUAAUUAUCAAGAAACAUUUUUAUUAUUUAUUGUGUUGUUUAUAUUUGUCAC